CGCACCGGUACGUACCAUACUCGUACCAAUACCGACCCAUCCCCACACCCACCGAGGAAGGGAUUCGGCACACCACAGCACACAGCAAACAGCACACAGCUACGGUACSUACCAGGCCACCAUGGAAUUCGGAAAGUGCGUCGCGGAACCCUGCGCGGACGAUGCCACCGAUUGCGCCGAUCGGGCCGCCGGGGGCAGGCCCAAAAAGACCUCCUGCACGAUCCUGACGGGCUUUCUCGGCGCCGGAAAGACGACCCUGAUCAACCACAUCCUCGAGAGCAGGGACCACGGGCUCCGCGUGGCCAUCAUCGAGAACGAGUUCGGGGAGGUCGGCGUCGACGACGCGCUGGUGAUCGAAACGGAGGAGGAGGUCUUCGAGAUGAACAACGGAUGCGUCUGCUGUACCGUCCGGGGGGACCUCAUGCGGAUCCUCGAGAAGCUGGCCAGGGACGGGGCGGGCUUUGACCACGUGCUCAUCGAAACGACGGGGCUGGCCGAUCCGGCCCCGGUCGCCCAGACCUUCUUUGUCGACGAGGACGUCAAGCAAAACUACGAGCUGGACGCCAUCGUGACGGUCGUCGACGCCAAGCACGUCCUGCCGCACCUCAGGGAAGAAAAACCGGAGGGCGUCGAGAACGAGACGGUCGAGCAGGUCGCCUUUGCCGACCGGAUCGUCCUCAACAAGCUCGAUCUGGUGACGGACGAGGAAAAGGCCGAGGUCCUCGGGGAACUCCGCAAGAUCAACGAGUUCUGCGAGAUUCUCGAGACGGAGCACUCCAGGGUCGACGUUCCGAGCAUCCUGGGCAUCGGGGCCUUUGACCUCUCCAGGGUCCUCCAGGAGGAGGAAGACUUCUUGAACACGGACGCCGAGCACGAGCACGACACCUCCGUUUCCAGCGUGGGAAUCGAGUUCGGGGGCCGGCUCGACCUCCACCGGCUCAACACCUGGCUGACCAUACUGCUGCGGGACCACGGCGUGGACAUCUUCCGCUCCAAGGGCAUCCUCUGCAUCGACGGAUCGGACGCCCGCUUCGUCUUCCAGGGCGUCCACAUGCUCAUGAGCAUUUCCAGCUCGGACGACGGCGUGGGACGGCCCUGGAAGGACGGCGAGGCCAGGACCAACCGCCUCGUCUUCAUCGGGCGGAACCUGGACCGGGAGAAACUCAACGCGCGGUUCCGGGAGUGCCUGGUGGCAGGAAGCUACUAACGAACUUCCAGCGGGCGCAUACGACCAUGGAUCCUUAUACUACUAUGCGUGGGGCACGCCAGCCCCGACCAGAGACGACGGCGCACGCAAAGCCUAACAAACUAACUUUAGCAACUACAGUAACACAGUGGCACACCCAUCAAACCCCAGACGUGCGCACGGUGCUCCAUAGAAUACAUUGGAUUGCACUGCUAGUAGCACGUCUUGUUCCGUGAUGUAGGAGGAAGCAGGCAGCACCUAGUACUACUACUAUACCAGGUACAAGUUGCAGUACUACUAGUACUACUCGUAUGGUAGUAAAAUAGACAGGCAGUA